CACUGCUGGCCUCCUCACAAACAAAAGCCACACUUCUUGGGACAUACCUCCUUCACCAGUUUUCCUUUCUUUACCUCGGUGUCACAGGAGGGCUGUUGGUCCUUGUUCACAUUCUUGCACCGGAAUUUUCCUCGAAAGUCGUUGUCGCUGUUGGGUUUGAUCCGGAAGAAUUUUUUGUCCUCGCAAACACAGCGGACAUUGCAAACCCCCGGGCAGGCCUUUUUGGCUGGCCUCUUGUUGCAGGCCUUGUUCCUCAUCUUGCUGCUAAAAUUUUCCAGGUCGGUGCACGUGUAGGUUUCCCUCUUGAAUCGGAAAGUUCCCUUGUUGGUACAAGGACCCAAAUCAACGGAACAAGAUUCUGUUUCCGUUUGGCACCAGGGCCCUACAGAUGGAUCCGGAUCCGAUUGCUGUGGACAACCACUCUCCUUCAACAUAUCUUCCGUAUAGACAUCUGUUGGAGUCUUGCUGGCCCAUGUUGAGAGGCAUUGGUUAAAACUCGUUGCAUCACGAAACAUAUACAUCAUAUUUCCAACGCUUGACACAUCCCAUUUGUCAAGGGGCUGGUUGAAACUGGUUGCCCCAUCAAACAUUGAUCUCAUAGAUCCCAGUUUGGACACAUCCCAAUCACCAAUGGGCUGGUUGAAACUAGAUGCUCCAUCAAACAAAUUCCACAUGCCUUUCACGUUGGACACAUCCCAUUUGUCAAGGGGCUGGUUGAAACUAGAUGCUUUAUGAAACACGACACUCAAAUAUUCCAUACUGGACAAAUCCCAAUCACCAAUGGGCUGAUUGAAAUUUGAAGCAUUAUCAAACAUGCCGAAUAUGCUUGACAGUCUGGACACAUCCCAAUCACCAAUGGGCUGGUUAAAACUCACUGCAUAAUAAAACAUUUUAAAUAUGUUUGUCACGCUGGAGAUAUCCCAACCACCAAUGGGCUGGUUGAAAUCAUAGGUUUUCUCAAACAUUUUGUUCAUGUGUGACACUUUUGACACAUCCCAAUCACCAAUGGGCUGAUUGAAACUUGCAGCAUGAGAAAACAUGCCUGACAUGUCUUCCACUUUGGACACAUCCCAAUCACCAAUAGGCUGGUUGAAUUUAACCAGGUAUUGGAACAUGUUAUUCAUAUCUGUGACACUCGAUACAUCCCAGCAGUUCAGGGGCUCAUUGAAGGAUCCCGGAGAAGACCUUGAUUCCAUAAAGGCACCAUACAUGUCGGUGACACGCGAUGUGUCCCAGCAGUUGAUUGGAAGAUUGUAUGGGCAAUCUGAUGGGCUGGAAACACAACUAUGAAUAAGGGAGCUAAAUUCCCACCCAGAAACGUUGAUGAUGGGACGUCCAUUGGUACAAGCGACUGCGCAGUCUGUGCUUGUGCUUGUGCUUGUGCUUGGUUCGAGCACACGCUGCACCUCUUGGCCCGCCCGCAAAUCUCCUAUAUCGGCCGCGUCGCUGAAAACCACAGGAUCCUCCAACAAGUAAUGGCCUUCGAGGCUGCUGUCGUCGGGACGACUCAUGGUGUUGUGGACAAGAGCUUCGUUUGAUGCAACACUAGGCUCGUUGCGGACGAUUCCAAGGUCUGGAGACGAAUCCAAAUCCAAGUCCAACUUUUCCGGAUCUUCCAAUAAGUAAUGGCCUUCGAGGCUGCUGUCGUCGGGACGACUCAUGGUGUUGUGGACAAGAGCUUCGUUCGAUGCGACACUAGGCUCGUUACGGACGAUUCCAAGGUCUGGAGACGAAUCCAAAUCCACCUUUUUCGAUUCCAUUGGUGUAGAUUUGUUUGCAAGCACUUUUCUCUCGGCGURGGGAGCCUUCGGGAGAUUCUUGUUGGAAAAGCCGUAGUGCUCCGAAAGCCCGAUCAUAACGGAAUCGGAAUCACGAUCCGAUAGUUGGCCAUCGUGGUUCCCUUCGUUACUAGCAGAUCCAAGGGCCACAAUGGCGGAAAGAGCGAUUGCCAAGCGCAUUCUUGUUUGAAAUGGUGUUGAAAUCGGUGGUUCUUUGGUGUGCAAUAUCAAUAAACAGGGACAAAAGCGAGACGCAGAAAGUACGUUUGAGAUUCGGACGGUUCGGGGAGAAAAAGAUUGCGUUGCGACCGGGCAGGAUUGGUUCGGUUGACUCACGUUGGGCUGAAACUUAUGUCACUUAAUUACAGUACUGUGCUGUAAUAUCUUUGCGCUCAAAUUUCUGAGCGCUCUUUUUCCUGUCGCGUAUUGCCAAGUGUUGCCACCUGGAAAAUUUAGGAAUUUUUUUCUUUCUUUGCUAAUACUACUACUAGUAAACUACUACUCUACUUGUCACACCCCUCUCAUCACUAUAAACAAUAUUAUUAAAAAAUAUUUUAACCAAUAUAAAUACAUUCAUUUAUAACACAUCACUACAAUUGAUGGUUGAAGUUACUCCGAUGCUCUUUAGUACAUACAGCAACAUUGCAACUUCUGCAACCAUUCUUGUUCUUGGUCUUCUUCUUGCUUGACGACAUUUUUACUAUUGGUAGGAGUAGUAGUACUAAUCAACCAUGGUGGCAACUUCCUCAAUCUCCUCACUGAUGAGUUAGGAUACCAACUAUGCUUGGCUUCUUCUACACACACAAUAGUUCCUCUUUACUCCUUCAUAAUUACCACUGUAUCUUUCUUUAUGUGGCUGUGGCGUUGACAUUACCUUGUUUACAUGAGCAACAAUGAUGGUGUGAGAAACAAAUCCCGCAAUUACAAGGGUGAUAUUUUCAAUUCUUUGAAUUCUGAGGCAUCCACUCUGACUUAGAACCUUCAUCAUCUGGCUCUUUCCAGUCCAUUUCAAUCCCUCUAUUUAUCAAUGCAAUGCCAAAAUGAGAUUGAAACUUUUUCCUACCAUUGUGUUUUGAUUUGUUGUAUAUCUUCCAUUCCUUCAUAAACUCAUCACAUGCUAGGCUAGUGACAAUUGUGUAGCAGGAGUGUACCACUCUAUCAAGCAACCAGAAGAAAAUACAAAGGUACAAUCUGUUUGUUUGAAGUGAUGUACUAGAAAAUUUUUGCAGUAUCCUUGUUGUCUGAGAGGUCAACACCAUUGAACAUUGUGGAAUAUGUCUUCUGUACCUGUGGAGCAUCAAAUUUCUCUGUGUCUCUACUUGCUUACCAGUACCAUCAACAGUAUGUUCUAACCAUCCAACCACCCUUUUGUCCCUCCAUAUAGUGGCCUGUACAACAUAUUUGGAAAUUAAUUAGUCCAGUCAUUGACUGGUGUGUGGCAUACCGCAUCCAUCCUCGUUGCACCUUUCCAGCAACUGCACCAUUAGAGAGCUUUGGAAAUGGGAAAUCUUCUGCUGUGAGUGAACCAACCCUCUUCUUUGUCUCGUGGACAAUGUUUCCAGCAGCCAAUACCCAUCUGUAUUCUUCAUAUAGCUAGGUCACAACUUUCAUUGUAGUAGUGUAGAAGUUGUCCAUGAACAGUCAAUGGCCAUUUUGUUGUCCAAGAUUGAAAUGACGUACCAACUGCUGAAUAAUAUCCCAUGUAGACCCACUACUAAUACCAGUGUAGAUCUCGAAUGCAAUUAAGUAGUACCCAGUGUCAGCAUCAUCACAGACACACAUAGUACAACUUAAUACUACCAUGCUUGAUUGGCUUCUUGGGAAGAUACUGGACAAAUCAAAUGGAUCUCCCUUUGUAAACAAUCAUAGACUCAUCCACAGAUAGGUCAAUAUUUGCAUGCCACCCAAGACAAAGACAUCUCCAUCACAUUCUGGAUUUUGUAGAUUGGGUCCUCAGUAUGAUUUAGCUUGGCUCCUGUUGUCACCAAAAUGAAUAUAUUGUCUAACAACAAAACCACAUCUGUUCUUGCUCAUUGUAUUCCAGACCAUGGUGGGAACAUACACACACAACCAUCCUCAAGACGGAGAGAUUGUUUUGAACCACCCAAACCUCUGCAGAUGCAUAUAUAGGUCUGCAUCACUAGUAGUUUGACCAUAGUAUGAACAAUUGUCAAGCAUCAGAAAAAGAAUAAUUAUCAUCCAUUGUGGUGAUAUGAUUGUUAUUUUAUGUUGGUAAAUAUGAUGGUUUGGGUGAUAUUUUAUAUUCUGGUUUGGAGUGUUUUAUAUUUUCUUGGUUGGAUAUUAUGAGGAGAGAAAUGAAUAAGCAGAAAAGGUGUUUUAAAAAUCUUAAUAUUAUUUUUAACCUCGUGAGCUAGAAGAGGCACUACAUGGCCAGAACCAUAUCUUUUGGUGGAAAGAAUCCUUCUAGUAGCUGCUCCGAGGGGCAGCACUUCCCUCCGAGGAGCUUUAGUGGAAGUGCGACCAGGGGUUUGUUUCACUGGAAUUAAAAGAAUUGACUGAGCUUGGUUUGGAGCAAACUGGAAGAAUUUACAGGAGGAGCCAAAGAAGUAUCUGACACGACAGGUUGUUUGUGUCGCUUCUUUUUGGAGUAGGCAUCAAAGACCAGCCAGUGACGAAUCUUGUGUGACAAUCUCCGCCGGUGGUCGUUUACUAUGACGAGGCAUUGGCGUAAAGUACUGGUGGGUAAUAGGGCGAGUGUUGGAGACCGCAAGCAGAAAAGGUGUUUCAUACAAAAUAAUUGUUUAAAACUCUUUUUGGUAUUUCAGUCUUAUUUCAUUUAGGAUUUGUACUGCAGUCUGCACAGGUGAAAAUCAUGGAAACCAAAAAAAUUCCAAAAAUGCACAAUUUGGGCGGAGACGGGAAAAGUUAAGGGCAUGAUUUUCUAUCUUUUGGUAUGGCGUGACACGCUUGGAUUCGACAAAAUCACAAACCUACCGUAAAUACAAAGCACGAGUACGUAGAGUACGUACCCGUACGUACUACCGCUUUCGUUCUAUGUAUGUAUGUGCGUUGUGCGUACUUGGUACAGUACAGUACAGUACUUCUACUUACUACUAGUACUUACUAGUAUGAGUACGGCACUCGUACCACCCGACCCGUACGAAUCCGAUGCUAGCCGCGAGCACGGCGCGCUGUCGCCCAACGGAGAAACAGAACGAGCGCCCGCAAUGCAAUGCUGCUGCACAUGUAUGUGCGGAAAUUUCUGGUACGGUACGUACGGUACGGUACGUUACUCGUAGUACAAGUAUCUGUACUAAGUAUCAUCGGGCAACACAACAUUCCGUUCAAUGGAUGCUUCACCAAUAUUGUCGGAGGGCGACCGAGCGGAUUCGAUCGAAGAAAUGUCAAUGAAGGCCUUCCGCGGUACAAGUUCGUACGGUAGGGUACGGUACUCGUACCAUGGGCGAGUACGAUACCUACGAGCAGCUUAAAUACCCUUGUAGCCGUGGUGCCUGUUGCACCGAAAGAGGACCACAGACAGUGUACCGUACCCUACAACUCCCGGAUACGAAUACGAAUACGAAAACGAAUACGAAAACGAAUACAGUACCCUUCGGGGAUAGGAAGCCGAUCGGAGACAAAACCCGGGACGGGGCGAGCAGAAUCGUCCAGCCAAUUCGCCACAGAGAUAGCAACUCGAUAGCAAUUCGAUAGCAACUCGAUAGCAACUCAACGAACAAAGAAACACCGGGAAUUCAAUGGAGGAAUAAGCGCGAGGAUCCACAGCACAAGGCACCGGUGUCGGGAAACGGGGAGGGAAGGGAAGGGAAGCAAACGAAACGAAACAAAUCAUGUCGGGCUUUGACCUCGGGGCCCUGAUCGAGCAGGGGAUCUCCACCCUGGACGAGGUGGUUUGGGGGGCAGAGGACGAAGACGAAGACGAAGACGAACACGAAGCGGAUCCCCCCAUCGAUUACGUCGUUCCCGGCUCGCAGCAGCAACGGCGAUGGCAGCAGCAACGGGAACGGGAACGGCAACCGCGUCGAACGAAAAAGAACGCCGGGAAGGGCGUCGCCCAGCCUCGCAAGAGCAGGCGGUUCCAGGGAACGGGUCCUUCCAAAACCAAGAACCACCCGACGAAGGAACACCAGAGGCGGAGCGGAAGCACCCCCACCAAGAUCGGCAGCACGGCUACGAUCGGAACCCCCACGACGGACGUGGAGGAUUCCUCGGACGACGACGCCAACGCGAACAACAACAACAACAACCUUCCCGCCAACACCGACGAGUACAGGAUCGGCACCAACAGCAUCUGCGACAGCGAAUACACUCCCGAGGCGGUCCCCCAGCGUCUUUCCAACAAGAUUGCCCACUACCGGACGAGCCGCCGGAAGCUGUCCUUCCAGCCCCAACGAGAGGAACCCGCGUUUCCUCUCGGUCGCCCCGCGAAUCCCCCCCGCCACGUCCGCAAUCCUCCCUGCAGCAACAGCAAGACCCACAGCCACAACCACAAGUGCGUCGAGGAACUCCUCGGAUACCGCCCCAGGGGCAGCGGCAGCGGCAACGCCCGGGACGGCCCCCGCGAUCCCUCCGCAAGGCCACCCCAUUCCCUGACGGUCGUUCGGGCCCGGCCGAGGAACUCCCGCCUCGACGCCGGCCUCGGGUUCUGCGUCCUGGACGUUCCGGGGGAGCAACAGCAACAGCAACAGCAGCUCCUGAUCGUCAAGUCGAUCCACCCGUCCAGCAUCUUUGCGGACAGCGACCUGGGGGUCGGGGACUCGGUCCUCUCCAUCAACGGGAUCGCGCAGGUGCCGCAACGGGGGGGCAGCGAACGCGAACGCCAAGACCAACACCAACGCAAAGACGAGCACCACUUCCGGCCCAGCCCCAAAAAGGCCAGGAUGGCCAUCCUGGCGAGCAACCCCCACCACCACAAGACGCAUGUGGUCCGGAUCGAGUACCAAAAGUUUGGGGGGGGAGGAAGCAGCAGCGUCGGCAGCAGCAGCCGCGGCCGUCCAAGAGGCCUCGACAAAAGCGCCGAAAGCGGCGAAAACGAUGCAAGGGUUCUGGGGAGCGCGGGCCACGCAACACCAAGCGCGGAGGCAGUGGCAACCGCAACCGCAACCGCAACCGUGGAUCCACCGCAACCAUCGAGCCUGCGGCAGCCCCGCGGGCCCUCUUCCCCGUGGCGGAAACGAAUGGGUGUCAAGCGAAAGGAUGGCGGCGGGGCUUCCUUUCGAAAGGAACCGGAAACGGAAACCGCAAAACCCAACCAAAAGUCCGAGCCGAGAGGCGGACCCGAAGAGCCGCAAGCCGACCAAUCCAACGCCAGCCCCAGCGGCCCGGGAAGGCUUCCCGAAGAAGCCGCGACCCCGAGGGCCUCCAGGCUGGCAAAACUCAGGGUCAAGACCCAGAAACUCCGGACCAGCGGGAGCCAGAAAAUCGAGGCCUCCCGGAAGAAGAAGCGCUGGUUUGGCAUGGGGGGGACCCGCCAGGGAUCGGCCGCCGCCAAUGCCUUUCUGGGGGCCUGCACGGGGAUUGCCUGUGCCCCCGAAAGCAUCCCGGUGAGCAGCAGGGGCGGGUCCAACGACGAACACCAACACGAACACCAACACGAAUACGACGACGACUCGCUCCGGGAGGACGAGCCCGGGGCAGGGGGCUCCCCUUCGGAACCGGCCCUCUACCACGGCUACGAGCUCCGGCGCUCCGGAAAGCACAACCACCAGCAACCACAAGCACAAAAACAAGCACAAGCACCACCGCAAGGCGACCGGGGAGAACCGAAAAGCGAGGCCGAGCGCAAGGGGUACGGCUACCACGAGGAGCAAAUGGAAUUGCUGAACCGCAGGGUGGUCUCCAAGGCCCUGUCGGCUGCCGCGGGGGGCAACGCCAAGGCCCGAGAAACGAAGAACAUCAACAACGACGACGACGACGACGAAAGCACCACCCACGAUCGUUCCGACGAAGACGAUCGCUACCGAUACGAGGAAUACAGGAUGGCCCGCAGGUCCCAGGAAUCCAACAUCUCGAGCGCGAACGGGGACCGCGCCGCUCGGUACCGUGCCAGCGGAAAUCGUCCCUCGUCUCCCGGUGCGAGGGCCCUUGAUCGAGGCGAAAAACGAGGAGGUGCGGCCGGGGCACUCGACCCGUGCGAGCGAAUGGCCGUUCGGAGGAUCGGGGGAGGUGCCGUAUCCAAAGAGCAGCACGAAGAACUGAUUCGGAUCAACCGCAAGGUCUUUGACAAGCUCCACGCGAGGAUCGAUCGGCUCAAGCAGAGCAACGUCCAGCUGGCCAACGAGCUCCGCAGGGCCCGCGCUCUCGAACCAGAGAAAGAAGAACAACCGGACCCGAACCACCCCUCGGAAACCUCGUGGGAGGAAGGCGUGUACAAGUCGCAGCUGGAGCUCCUGCAGAGCCGGCUGGAGAUCACCACGAUCCAGGCCGACAAGCGGCAGCGGGAACUCUCCGCAUCGAACGAACUGGCGAGAUCGGAACACGAAUUCGCGGUGGCGAGGCUCCGCAAGCGCAUCUCGGAGCUGGAGAUCUCCAACCGGAGGCUCGCCCUCCAGCAGCUCGAGCACUGCAAGCCGAAGGAACCAAAACCACAAGCCGACACGCCCAACCAAAGGGACCCUUGCGAUUCGGCUCGGGGGGGAAAGGACAAGGUCGCUGCGGAGCUCCAGCGCUGGAAGGACCGGAACGCUUUCCUCGAACAAAAGGUGGCGAGUUUGGAGGAGAAGCUGUCGGAAAUCCAGAAGCCAGAAAAGCAAGACCAGCAGUUUCAACACGCCGGGGAAGGCGUGGAAUUUCCCUACGAGGACACCUCGUUCUUUCAACGAAAGCACGGCGAGGGAUUGCCCGGGGGCAUUGGGGAGGGAUCCGCGGGGAGCAGGGAGAGCAACUCCGCUGUUGCCGCUGAGAUCGGCGCAAGCAACAGCCACAACGUCGAUGCGAACGAAUCACCGGAGGAUCUAUCCGAGAGUUCUAGGGGAAACAGCGGCAACCGCAGCAACGAAGAACACAGCAACAAGAAUUUGUUGCUAUUGGAUUCUAGCCGGGAAAGCAGUAACGGUGAGAACCCGGGCGGUGAACACGAUUGCAAAAACUUGUUGGAUGAUACGAACGAUACCGAAAGCGUCGAAUUGGUCUGUUCGGGAGGCAUUGGUAUCGGAAGGGUGCCCGACGAGAUUGCGAAGCGGUCCUCGGGCGGGACCUCUCUCCGUUUGGUGUACGAGCAUGAUUUCGAACCGACACCAUUGGCGACCGCGGAAGCAUACAACUCUGUUUGUGGGGAACACAAGACCGGUAGUGGCAUUGAUCAUCCCCACGAUGCUUCGUUUGAAAGCGCGACUAGCAUGGUGCUGAUCGAGCGCAUAUUGGAACUCGAAAGCGUCCUGCACGAAAGAAGAGACAUGACCGAUCCGGAAAAGGCGGGAUUUGUGAAGGCGCUACAAUACAGGAUCGAGAAACUGACCGAGAGGGGAUACGAACGUGUCGAUUCGAAUGCGUGACGCGCGAUUCAUUUCUCUGGUGCAUGAUUGGAUUUGUUUGUCAACAGAUGAAAGGGGCGGCUAGCAAGGAGGAACUAGGAGGAGGUCUCACUAGUACUGGCAGAAGGGUAUUUUGGCCACGUGCAGCAAAUUUGCUCCAGUAGUAUGGCAAUUAUUAGUACAAAUGUAAUGAUUAAUGAUGUCCGAUAUAAUGCUUGAUAUAUAUUUGUAGA